UUCAAGGAUGUGGCUGUAGAGUUUACCCAAGAAGAGUGGGCAUUGCUGGAUCCUUCUCAAAAAACACUGUACAAAGAUGUGAUGCUGGAGAACUGCAGGAACCUGGCAUCGCUCGGGUAUCAUGUUGAUAAACUCAGCCUAAUCUCUCAGUUGGAGCAAGAAGACAAGAUGAUGACAGAGGGAAGAGGAAUUCUCCCAGGCAUUUGUUCAGAUUUGGAACCUAUAAUUAAAGCCAAAUGGUUAACACCCAAGAAGCACGUUUUUAGGAAAAAACGUUCUAAUGGUGUAAAAGCGGAAAGAAAUCAUGUUGGAAUGAAACUUAAUGAAUGUAAUCAGUGUUUUAAAGUCUUCAGCACAAAAUCUAACCUUACUCAGCACAAGAGAAUUCAUACUGGAGAAAAACCCUAUGACUGUAAUCAAUGUGGAAAAUCUUUCAGCAGUAGAUCUUAUCUUACUAUUCAUAAGAGAAUACAUAAUGGGGAGAAACCUUAUGAAUGCAAUGACUGUGGGAAAGCCUUCAAUGAUCCCUCAUCUCUCAGACUGCAUGUAAGAAUUCACACUGGAGAAAAACCUUAUGAAUGUAACCAGUGUUUUCAUGUUUUCCGUACUAGUUGUAACCUCAAAAGCCACAAGAGAAUUCAUACAAGAGAGAAUCAUCAUGAAUGUAAUCUGUGUGGAAAGGCCUUCAGCACGAGAUCCUCUCUUACUGGGCACAAUAGUAUCCAUACAGGGGAGAAGCCUUAUGAGUGCCAUGAUUGUGGGAAAACCUUUAGAAAGAGCUCAUAUCUGACACAGCAUAUGAGAACUCAUACUGGAGAAAAACCCUAUAUGUGUAAUCAAUGUGGCAAAUCCUUUAGCAGUAGCUUUUCUCUUACUGUGCACAAAAGAAUUCAUACUGGAGAGAAACCCUAUGAAUGCAGUAACUGUGGAAAAGCUUUUAAUAAUCUCUCAGCUGUUAAGAAACAUGUGAGAACUCACACUGGAGAAAAACCCUAUGAAUGUAACCAUUGUGGAAAAUCUUUCACCACUAAUUCUUACCUUUCUGUGCAUAAGAGAAUACAUAAUAGGUGGAUUUGAAUACAGUAACUGGGAAAGCAUUCAUUGAUUUUUUUAAUCAGACAACUUGUGGUAACUCAUGCCAGGUGUAAGAGUUACCUGUUGCUGCCUAGCCAAUUUCCCUGCCAAACAUAGUGGCUUCAAACGACAAACACUUAUUAUCUCACAAUUUCUGAAAGUCAGAAGUUCAUAAAUGGCUUAAUUUUGUAGUUCUGGCUCAGUGUCUCUCAUGAGGGUGCAGUCAAGAUAGUCAUCAGAAGCUACAAUCAUCUGUAUUUUUACUGCUGAAGAGUAUUUUCCAAAAUGGCUGACUCACAUGCCUGGAAAGUUAGUGCUGGAUGUUGCCAGGGAACCUUCAUUUCCUCACCAUGUAGGAUUUUCCAUGGGCCUGAGUAUUUUUAUGUGUAGUAUCAGGUUCCCUCCAAAACAUUUGAUCUGAGGGAGAACUAAUGCCGAAGCCAUGUUGUCUUUUAUAACCUAGCCUUGGAAGGACAUGUUAUCACUUCCAUAUUGUAUGGAACACACAGACCAAUCCUGAUACAAUGUGGAAGAAGACUUCACAAGGAGUGUAUACCAGGAGAGAGAGAUCCUUGGGAAAUAUCUGAGAAGCUUGUCAUAAAAUCAGUGAAGCAAGGCCUUCAGCUUUCCAUCAAUUUGAUACUGAGCAACUCUCAGGUUAAUUCACUCUGGAGAAAAACUUUGAGUGCAAUCUUUGUGGGAAACUUUCAGCUCAAACUCACCUUAAUGUGCCCAGUACACGUGAUAAAUCAGUACAGAGAAAUACUCAUAUAAGGAAUGUGAAAACCCCAUCAGAACAGACAUUCACAUUACUGAACAAACGAUGGUGAGAUACUCUGAAUGCAACAAGAAAGCCUUAAUGUUCUCUCAGUUUUUGAGAGAUGUGAGGAUUUAUUCUGGGGAGAAAAUCCUGUUAAAUGUAAUCAGUACUGGAAAGUCUUCCAUUUUUCCAUUAGGAAACUGAGAACUCACUGCAAAGAAUAUAAAGAUUGUCGGAAUGCCUUUAAUGAUACCUGUUACAUUAGGAAAAAUAUUAAAUACUCCCUGGACACAAAACCUGUCAGUGUAUUAAUUUUGGAAGAUCUUUCCAUGAUUCCUCUUUGUUGACGUGAGAAUUCACGGUAGAGGAAGAUCCUAGGAAUGUAAUCGGUACGAGGAUGGCUCAGCCUCACCUAUUCACUGAGUAGCCACAAAAUAAUUUAAACCUGGAAUGGAAAAUGUAAACCUUAAGAGUGUGGUAUAUCACCUUUAAUAGUGACUAAUCCUUAGGUUGGUGCAUUAAUUUAUUUUCAGUUGUUAUGUUUUAGCAUAAACAUUUAUGUGUAUAGCUAUAGCCUAAA